AUGGACAAACCUUAUCCAUGUACAGAGUGUGAGAGAAGUUUUACACGAAAAAGCUAUCUCCUAUCUCAUCAAAUGAUUCAUACAGGAGAGAAACCUUAUCCAUGUACAGAGUGUGAUAAAAGCUUUACACGAAAAGACCGUCUGCAACUUCACCAAAGCAUUCACACAGGGGAGAAACCAUUCACAUGUACAGAAUGUCCUCAGACCUUUGCAAGAAAAGAUUAUCUUCGAGCUCACAAAAAGGUUCAUACAGGGGAGAAACAAUUUACAUGUCCCGAGUGUGGCAAAAGCUUUACAGAUAAGAGAAGUCUUCAGUUACAUGAAAUGAUUCACACAGGGGAGAAACCUUUUGAAUGCACAGAGUGUGACAAAAGCUUUAAAGAUAAGAGGACUGUUCAGAAACAUAGAGCAACUCACACAGGGGAAAAACCUUUCAAAUGUAAUGAUUGUGGUAAAGGUUUUUCUGCAAAAAUUUCACUUAUAAGACAUCUGGUGAUUCAUACAUAG